GACAGGUCUUAGGUUACGGACAGUGCUGGCGGAGCUUUUUGAAGUGAAGUGAUAUUGUUUUUUCGGCUGAGAAGUGACUGCUGGUGCUGGUACAUUUAAAUUACUUUCAGGCAGUAAAGAAUACAAAAGAAACGGUCAUCAUAGCUCAAUUAAUCAAAACAGAAUAGUGAAAAAUAUUUGUUUGAAAAGACACCAAGUAACAAUUUUAGUGCAUACGAAGAAAAAUAAAUUACCUUUGUUUGAUAACAACAAACACUAUGAAACAAACUGUUCCGUAGAGAAUUAUCUAAAGCCGAAUCGAAACUAAACGUGCAGUGUAUCAUACUAAGUCAUCUUUACCAAAAGGACAACAGUGUGGCAGAGGAUCACACAAGCCGGAAGAACAAAUCUCAAUAGCUACUAUUUCAAUCACAAACACCAAAUGGAGAUGAUGAAACUGUCCAUCUACAAACUGCUACUGUUUGUGGCCCUCACAACGGUGAUGUUCUGCUGCCAUACGUCUGAGGCAGGACCCGCCCGUCAGCUUGCCAGCCUGGCAGCAAGAGCCUCCAAGAUACCACGAUCGAUACGGGCCCCGUUCCGGAACUCGGAAAUGAUGACGGCGCGUGGUUUCGGCAAACGUCGGGCCCCGAUCGGUGUGAACUUCGGUAGUGGCCGAGCAGCACAUCACACCCUGUCCCCCGGUGACGGUGAGACGGUGACCUGGGCCGAGGAAAAACAUGACAUUGGAAAGCUGAUGGAAGAUUUAGCGAGCCUCGAUCAGAGCGAUCCACAGCAGCAACAGCAGCCACAGCAACUGAUCGUAGGCGAGCAAGAAAACAGCUUCCCGUUGGAGUGGUUUGCUAACGAGAUGUCAACCAACCCGACAUUGGCCAAAUCGAUCCUGCAACGCUUCGUGGACACUAACCGCGAUGGACUGCUCGAAACGAACGAGCUGAUGCCCGGUGCUGCAGCAAACGCUAACGAUAUCGCGGAGCUAUUCUAAGGCAACUCAAAACUCACCAAAAGUCACCAAAUACGGCUGUCAUCCUGUUAGAGGCUUUGUUGAAUUGCUGGAAAAUUAAUCCGUUCUAGACACACGUACAUAAACUUCCCGAUGACACAUCUCUCCCCACUGGUACACCCACCGAUUCUGGCAUGCAAAAAAAACACAGAAGGAACCUUUCCUGACAAGCUCUCCUCACUGUCAUCUUAACCACAGAAAUCACGAUCCUUCCUGGCACUCUAGGUAUCCACUGGGGGAAUAUACUUGCUUAGCUACAAUUCUAUCCGGAAAUACGGGAGAAAACGACAUUUUCAUUUAGUAAUGUUGAGGACGAUCUUCACAAAGAAUAAUUCACCAUUGCAGGAUCUCUUGCAAUGGUACGCACUUCAAAAGGGCAGCUUAAGCUACAGUACACACCUUUCACACAGCUCAUAAAUCUGUAGAAAAACAAAACGCCCGAAAACGCAUCCAAUAAAGGCUGGGUAUUGGGUAUGCAUUUUCGGGCGUUUCGAGGUGUGUGCUUCACUAAACACCGUUUCCCGUUCGGUUUUGUUUGUAUAAAAGUUUAUCACGAAAACUGACGUUAAGUUUAGAGCGGCAUCGUUCCGUGCAAUGAAUUCUCGGUAUCGUUUACAUUAACACACGAUCGUCAGUCAUUUGCCAUACUGACUGUAGCAUAGUAGAGAUAGCGAUGCAACACAAGUCAGAAUAUUUAAGUGAGUAAGCAAAAGCGAAUGUAAGCAUAUAGCAUAAGUGGCAAUAUAAAUGGUUUUGGUUAAAUUGUGCUGUUACAAAAAAAAACACAUACAAAAAAUCAGAAACGGUCAACAUAAAUUCCAAACAGCAACAAUGCAGUGAGGCAAGAUGGCAAACAAUUGUGUAAUAUAAGGAAAAACACAUUAGUAUUGAUAUGAAUAAAAAUAGUAACAGAAGCAAACAAGCAACACUUGGCGCACAAAUGUCAUAAACGCAUCAAACAAACAAACACACACACACAUCUACACACACAGUUGUAAAAUACGAGACAAAUAUAUAGGUUGAACAGCAACAAGCAAAUGACGAUGUAUUUUUCUUUGUUGUUUCACCGAUGCUAUCAUCAUGCCCACCGCCGAAGAGAGGUGGCGCUGUUAAUUAAGUUUCACGUUUCCAGUUACUAAUUAAUAAUGCUUUCUAGUUGUGUUGUAAGAGUUGUUCAAGUAAAUAAAAAAAAAUAAAGCACGUUAUAA